AGCUUGAAAAUGGCGGCGGCGGUGUCUCCUCUGUUGCGGUUGUCUGGGCUGCUAGGUCGGUCCGGGGCACAGCUGGGGCGGCCCAUGUCCAGUGGCGCCCACGGCGAGGAGGGCUCAGCACGCAUGUGGAAGGCUCUCACCUACUUCGUAGCGCUCCCCGGCGUGGCUGUGAGCAUGCUGAAUGUCUUCCUGAAGUCGCAACAUGGAGAGCAUGAGAGACCCGAGUUCGUCGCCUACCCUCAUCUCCGCAUCAGGUCCAAGCCCUUUCCCUGGGGAGAUGGUAAUCAUACUCUAUUCCAUAACUCUCACGUGAAUCCACUUCCAACCGGCUAUGAAGAUGAAUAGAACCUGGUCCACCACCCAAUGGGGACCA